GUUAGGCAAAUGUAGUCCACUGCACCCUUCCUACACGUUUUCUCCAACUCUAUUUACUUUUCAAGCUCUUGCAGUUCUAGGUCCGAUAUAUAAACAAAUUACUUGGUACUAUUACACAUUCAGCACUGAAUUUACUAUCAAAAUUUGCCUGUCACUUGUAGCCAACCAUUCUAUAUAUCGAGCAACUUAGACAGCCAUGACCAUGGCUAUCCAGAAGUGGCUGCUCUUUCUUUUUUUGCAUAUACAUCUUCAUGUUGUUGUCCUAGCGCAGCUGCCUGAUUUACGAUACAAGUUAUGUGGUCAAAAUGGUAACUAUACUGAAAAUAGUACAUACAAGACCAAUCUUAACACACUCCUCUCUUCCCUUCCAUCAAAAAUUGAUAAAUAUGGUUUCUACAAUGCUUCCAUUGGGCAAAAUACCGACAGAGCCAGUGUUAUUGUGUUAUGUAGAGGAGAUCUGGAGCUAGAGGAAUGUCGCAGUUGUGUCAAUAGCCUUGCUCAAAAGCUUGUACAGUUAUGUUCUAACCAAAAAGAAGUUUUUGGUGGCUAUGAUGGAUGUAUGUUACAGUAUUCGAAUCAAUCCAUUGUAGGCACUGCGUCAUUUCGUGUUCGAUAUUACCUUUGGAAUCCUGCGAAUGCCUCAAAACCUGAGGAAUUUAAUCAGGACCUGAUAAAAUUAUUGGAAAAUUUACGAGACGCUGCUGCAAAGGGUGGUCCUCUCCGAAAAUAUGCUAGUGGUAAUGUGACAGGUCCAAAUUCUCAGUCUAUAUACGCGCUUGUGCAGUGUACUCCUAAUUUGGAUCGUCAAACUUGCUUCAAUUGCUUAGCUGACGCUUAUGCAAAUAUGCCUAAUUGUCCCUGCAAGGGAAAGAUGGGUGGCAGAAUCAUAGGAACUAGUUGCAACUUCCGUUAUGAAAGUUCCCGUUUCUUCGAGAAUGUGGCGUUGGAAGCCCCGCCACCUGCAGGGAAUGAUAAUAAAACAGUUCCAACAGGGAGGGAUGAUAAAACAGCUCCAACGGGGAAGGAUGAUAAAACAUCACGAACAAUCAUCAUUAUCGUUGUGCCAACUGUUACAAUUGUUAUUCUCAUUAUUUGUCUUUCUGUCAUCUUGAUGAGGAGGCGUAAAAGGAAGCCAGUGAAAGGAAUUCAGAAUAUACAGGGGGAUGAUUUUAGCACCGCAGAAUCCUUGCAAUAUGAUUUUUCUACAAUUGAAGCAGCAACAGAUAACUUUUCAAAUGCUAAUAAGUUGGGACAAGGCGGAUUUGGUCCCGUCUACAAGGGUAAGCUUCCAAAUGGACAAGAAGUAGCAGUGAAAAGAUUGUCAGCAGAUUCAGGUCAAGGUAAUCUAGAAUUCAAAAAUGAGGUCUUGUUGGUUGCCAGACUUCAACACAGGAAUUUGGUUAGGUUGCUGGGAUUUUGCCUAGAUGGAACAGAGAGACUUCUUGUCUACGAGUUUGUUCCCAAUGCAAGCCUUGAUCACUUUUUAUUUGAUUCAGUUAAAUGUAAGCAAUUGGACUGGGAAAGACGAUCCAAAAUCAUCGGAGGCAUUGCUAGGGGAAUUCUUUACCUUCAUGAGGAUUCUAGACUUCGGAUCAUUCAUCGUGAUCUCAAAGCUAGUAAUAUUCUACUUGAUGCAGAAAUGAAUCCAAAAAUUUCAGACUUUGGCAUGGCAAGGCUGUUUACAUUGGAUGAAACUCAAGGCAACACAAGCAGAAUUGUUGGGACCUAUGGAUAUAUGGCACCAGAAUAUGCAAUGCAUGGGCAAUUUUCAGUAAAAUCAGAUGUUUUUAGCUUUGGAGUACUAGUCUUAGAAAUUUUAAGUGGACAAAAAAACACUAGUUUCAGAAAUGGAGAAUCCGUGAAAGAUCUUCUGAGCUAUGCUUGGUCGAAUUGGCGGAAUGGAACAGCUAUAAAUUUUAUAGAUCCAAUGCUGAGGGGAACCUCAGGACUCGUUCGGGACAUAAUGAGAUACAUUCACAUUGCUUUAUUGUGUGUUCAAGAAAAUGUGGCUGAUAGACCAACCAUGGCAGCAGUUGUUCUCAUGAUCAGUAGCCUCUCUAUGAGUCUUCCAGUGCCUUCAGGGCCUGCAUACUAUAGGCACAGCAAUACUAGCGCAGAGAUGUCGCUUAUUCAAGAAUACAACACAAGAAUGACAGACUCUAGUGAACUAGCCAAAAGUAAAUCUAUUGGUUCAUCACAAAAUGAGGCGUCAAUAUCUGAGUUAUAUCCUCGUUAACAUCCUUAGACAUAAUAACCUUUUCUCCGAGUUUACUUAUUUUCUUUGUCAGUACUAGUUCUAGUACAUGUGCUUAGGGGAUCUUAGUAGCUUUGUUGGUUAGUUACCUGAACUUUACUUGCA